GGUUGAAUGUCAAAAAUUUCCUUCCUAUUACAAAUUUCCCCUUUUGGUUUCUUUUUUAGCAAUUCUCUACACGUUUCUGGAGAUAGACGAACGAAAUGCAGAUUUUCGUCAAAACACUUACUGGCAAGACCAUCACUUUGGAGGUCGAGCCAUCUGACUCUAUCGAAAAUGUCAAGGCUAAAAUCCAAGAUAAAGAAGGUAUACCACCAGAUCAACAACGUUUGAUUUUCGCCGGCAAGCAAUUGGAAGAUGGUCGCACUUUGUCCGACUACAACAUUCAAAAGGAGUCAACCCUCCACUUGGUGUUGCGUCUGCGUGGUGGUAUCAUUGAACCCUCGUUGCGUAUUUUGGCACAAAAAUACAAUUGCGAUAAGAUGAUCUGUCGCAAAUGCUAUGCUCGUCUGCAUCCACGUGCGACUAACUGCCGCAAGAAGAAGUGUGGACACACCAACAACUUGCGCCCCAAGAAGAAGUUGAAGUAGACGACUGGAAUAUGGACGAAGCGAAGGAAUGUUGUGUAUGCGUGCAGAAGCAGCUUACCGUUUUUUUUUUCUUUUUUCUGUGUAUGAAUUGAAGUAGAUUAAAAAAAAUUAAUUGAAAAUACUUUA